GGCUUUCUGAAGGGGAGUAUUUGUGUGAAUUGGCCCUCUGUAGAUGAGUAAGCGCUUUCCCGGUGAGAGUUAUGAUGAAACUGUGGCCGCACCAAGUUGUGUGACUGAGUUGCGUAUCGAUUCUAACAGUCCACUUUGAGGAGUCCGCGAAGUCCCAGAGAGCAAGGCUCAGAAGAACAAGCAUUGCGUAUGUAUCAGAGUUAUUUUCUGCUGUUUCCUCCUUGUUCCGUGUGAGUCUGCUCUGUGACUGGUGGGGUAGAGGGCGUAAGGACGGAGCUGCUGUUUCUACUCUGUGUUUCUGUACUCCCAUGUGAGGCUUUGCAGCUCUCUGCGCAUGCACUCAUGUCCUUUGAGAGCACGCUAACAGGGAUUCUGAUGGUUAAGGAUCCAGGCUGUUUGUAUCAGAGAAAGCACAUGCGACAUGAUGAACGGUUUAAAAAUACCAGCAAUGUGUCUAUGGAGCAAAUCAGUCCAAAGGAAUUAGAACAUUUGGCCUGAGGUUCAGGACAUGAUCAGAAGUCCUCUUUGAACAUUCACAAGCCGGUGCCCAAGAGUGAGAGACCCUGGAGCCUGGGAGCUGGGAGGCUUAUGCCUUUGCGUGAGGGGAAGUAGCCGGUUUCUCUGCAGUCAUCUCUAACUAAAUGUUCUGUUUUCUGCACUCCAAAUGUGGACAACAAACAGCAGUUGUAGAAGCUGGCCUUGCAACAUGGUCCUAGUGGGAAUCUGAUAUUGCUUCACCAUGCUGUCGUCUUUUCAGAGGUUCUGAAAUAGCACUUUUACUCACCACAUCUUCAAAGCAACAGCUCUUGCUUAAUAGUUGAAAAGAAGCACUUGGCGGGGGAAGGGUAGUCGGUGGAGAGAAUGUUUACUUUUUCAAUGUUGUAAGGAGAAUAUUUUAAUGUUAUGGGUGUCUUUGGGAAUCUCAUUUCUUUUAUUUUUAUCUGUUUAUGUGAUGUAUAAUGAAAGGCAAUCAUGUGUGUCACCCAUUCACCAGAAACGGUGCAAAACACAAAAAUGGCUAACAAGCCCCCAAGCCGAUUGUUAAAAUUGAGAGUAGCUUACUAGAGUGGCUGAAACCUCUGUUAGUGAGAAGGCUGCAUCCUCACCCACUAUGGCUCAGACCGGACAUACUGGGGAAUCCUGGAUUGCUAAUCUUAGAAAAUGCUGUCUCCAUGUCAAGCUUUGUUUUUAAGGUUUGUAGCCUUUUGAGCUACUCUCGAGCAUAAAUUUGUUCUUUCCUAAGGAUGCCAGAAAUCAUAAGUAAAAAUGUGUGAAAUUCAUUUGACGUAAAAUACUCUUUAAAAAUGCAUACUUACUUUUAAAUAUGUUAUACAUUUUCCAUGAACUUGUAAGACCCCCCACCCCGCAUAGAGAUACAGGCUGUACAUCUAUAUUCCUGAAUUUCAAGUAACAAUUUUUACCAUUAGCCUGUGUCAACUAUCUCAUGGGGCAUUCUUAACUCUCAAAAUGAUUUGCUGUCCAUCUGAAAUCCAAGUUUAACUGAACAUCUUCUAUUUUCCCGGGCAGUCCUACCACCAAGGAAGUGGAAAUGAGUGUCCCCCCAGCUAAUUACCUGCAGACGGCUAAGAUGGGAUUUCCCCCCGUUUACAUGUGGUGAUUGAUUGACCAUCGAGGUCUCAGAGUUCGAUUCCAUAAGAGAGUAUUGUAAAUUUGACGUUUCUUAACACUCAGAGAUCACAAGCUUCUACAUUUUCAACUUUGGGCAAAGCAAACAACUCGUAAAUAUUGCUAGUUUUUCAAGUAAAUUGACCACAACCCAAGAAUUUUGAUAUUAACUGUGUUCCCCUGAGAUGCUCUGAGUUACAGUUCUGUGUCAGAGAAAUGUGGUCAGACUUUAGACUGACAGUAAGAUUGUAUUUCGAAACCUUUUGACACUCAUCCCAUUCUUAAGUAACUGCGUUCCAAAUCAAGCAAGAAUCAUAAUUUCCUCUGUCUGGGAUAAGAUUUCAAGCCUGGUCAUAGCAAACCAUGGAAGUCAACAGGGAGAAGCAUUCACCCUCUUAAGCAGGUGAAUCACACCCAAGCCGGCUGUCAGUGCCGUGGUGGACAUCCACAUAUACUAGUCCCUCAUGAACCAAGGAGGAGGCAAUCGGCACAAAGCCAGAGGAGCCUGCAGUAGGCGCCUGCUUACAGGUACACAUCCAUAAUAUGAACCCUAUGUCUCUAUACUUUCUCACUACACAGAUGUGGUAAAGGCAGCACAAGGAGAAAUAGAAUGUGAGUGGCAGUAGCGGAAGCCCAUGAUAGCCAGGUGGCCUCAAGACCCUGAUGAUGGACAGCCUUCACAUGGGCAUGCCCAGUGCCCCUCUGGUGAAGCACACCACUGGGGCUGGACUCAAGACCCAUAGGCCUCGAGUCAUGUCCAAGAGUGGACACAGCAACGUGAGGAUCGACAAAGUUGAUGGCAUAUACUUGCUCUACCUGCAAGACCUGUGGACGACCGUCAUCGACAUGAAGUGGAGAUACAAGCUCACCCUGUUUGCUGCCACUUUUGUGAUGACCUGGUUCCUUUUUGGAGUGAUCUACUAUGGCAUUGCUUUUAUCCAUGGGGACUUAGAACCCAAAGAGCGCAUUUCGAAUCACACCCCUUGCAUCAUGAAAGUGGACUCUCUCACAGGGGCCUUUCUCUUUUCCCUGGAAUCCCAGACAACGAUUGGCUAUGGUGUCCGCUCCAUCACGGAAGAGUGUCCUCACGCCAUUUUUCUGUUGGUGGCUCAACUGGUCAUCACCACCUUGAUUGAAAUCUUCAUCACGGGCACCUUCCUGGCCAAAAUCGCAAGACCCAAAAAGCGGGCCGAGACCAUCAAGUUCAGCCACUGUGCAGUCAUCACCAAGCAGAAUGGCAAACUGUGCCUGGUGAUCCAGGUGGCCAACAUGAGGAAGAGCCUUUUGAUCCAAUGCCAGCUUUCUGGCAAGCUCCUCCAGACCCAUGUCACCAAGGAGGGAGAGCGGAUCCUCCUCAACCAAGCCACAGUCAAAUUCCACGUGGACUCCUCUUCCGAGAGCCCCUUCCUUAUCUUGCCCAUGACCUUCUACCACGUGCUGGAUGAGACCAGCCCCCUGCGAGACCUCACUCCGCAAAACCUGAAGGAGAAGGAGUUUGAACUCGUGGUCCUACUCAAUGCCACGGUGGAGUCCACCAGCGCUGUGUGCCAAAGCCGAACCUCCUAUGUCCCGGAGGAGAUCUACUGGGGUUUUGAGUUUGUGCCUGUGGUGUCGCUCUCCAAAAAUGGAAAGUACGUGGCGGACUUCAGCCAGUUUGAGCAGAUCCGCAAGAGUGCAGACUGCACACCUUACUGUGCAGAUUCUGAGAAGCAGAAGUUGGAGGAGAAGUACAGGCAGGAGGACCAGAGGGAGAGGGAGCUGAGGACCCUGCUGCUACAACAGAGCAACGUCUGAUCCACAGUCUUGGCCUCGCCUCUCAGAGCUGUUUGCCCAGGGGGGCUCCCAAGGGUCCCCUAGGAGAAACAAAACAUGAGGGCCCACUCAGAAAACCUACGCAGACAUACAGCAACCAUCUUCUUCCUUGGUCGGGUGGCCAGCCAAAUUUCUCUGUACUUGAGAGGGUUCCCUGAUGUGCCUUGUCUGAACUGAACUCUCGCAAUGCAAACUUUCAGAAGAAGGGCUACUCUUGGAAGAACUUGGCAUAGGGCAGAGGAGAAAAUGCCCUCUGGGAUGAAGCAGCAUAAAGAAGCGCACCUCCAAAUGAGAAUACCAGCAAUAAUCUAUGGUAUUUAUUUAAUCUGGGUAUCAGAGGCAUUUUGGCCAAGGUCAGUUUUUGUAUCAUUGCUCUAAUAAUACUCUUCUUGUUCAAGCAAAAAGAAAAAAAAAAGGUUAUGUACUGAUUGUCUGGCAGUACCUACAAAAGGAUUGAUGAAGAGAUUCAACACUCAUAAAAUAUGGUAAUUGUGUUUUUACAUAUGUUCAGUGGACUGGAGCGAAAUUGUGAAAAGAUCUCCAAAUAAAGCUGAUACUCUUACCCCUCUCUGUUCAAAAAUGUGGCUCUUAGACCAGGAGCAUAAGCAAAGAAAAGCUUCUUAGUAACAUAGGUGACUGGACCCCAGCUGAACUUGCAGAAUCAGUGUCUGUGUCCUAACCAGACCCUCAUGACGUUCAAGUACAAACCAAAGUUUGAAAAGCUCUCUGCACAGUGUUUCUGAAGCCACAGGGAGAGUGAUGCUCUGGAUCCCACAUUCGUGUUGAUUUCCAGAACAAUAUUGCUUUCACCCAUGGCCUUUCUUAUCUGUCAAAAUAAUCUUGCCCACAAAGGAACUGUAAGCUUGUGUGUGGCUAAGGGUUGAGGAACUCAUAAAUGCAUGAAUGAAAUCUGAUAGUCUUAUACCAUGUAAAGAACAUGUUCAGCAUUUCAAGGAGUCUCCUAUGACUCAGUGUUUGAGAAGAAAUGUUUUGUGUCUGGUGCCCCUGCAGAGAAUCAUCCGGCUGUGAUGAGUUAAGUGUGCCACAGGGGAUUCCCAUCUCAUGCGUGUACUCAAGUACAAGGCCAUGAACAGCAGGUGGGUGCACGACCCUCUAGCGCCUCCUCACACAAGCAGGCAUAUGCAUGCCGAUGGACACACACCCUGCAGGCGUCACGGAGAGUAUCAUGGAUGAAAGCCUGUGCCGUUAGGUGACACUCUUCUGUAAAGACAGUUACUGGUAUUGGAUUCCACUAGAGCAGGAACCCUGAGACCCAGAAAAAUCAAGGCGAGUAAACUACGCUAUUAGGAAAAUAAUAAAAUGAUCUUAAAAUCUGGGCGUAUCUCGGUUUCCUUAGUUAUGAAUCCUCUUCCAUGAGGGGGGAGUGUGCAAAUCACCAUCUGGCCCCGCACUUGGCAGGAUGGCUAUAAGGUAGAUGUGAGGCAAUCCCAAUUCAUACACCAAAGGGAGCAGUGUGUCUUUAGUUAUUCAGGAAUUUUUAAGUUGCUCUUGCUUAUAAUUUCAUGUGAGUGCUUUAGAUCUCCAUUCUUUAGGGGAAAAUAUGAUGGUAUAGUCAGACAUUAGCUAUUUUAGUUAUUAUUGAUUUUAUGUAUGUUGUUGUAUAUUUAAUGGGAAACUAAUGCUACAUGCAUGUUUACAGCUUUUCCAUUGCACUAUUGAAAUGUUGUUACAGUAUUUAUAUCAAUUUUCAGUUGAAUGUGAUCAAUAUUAGCAGCCUUGCUCACUUAUAUUUUAUAUGGUACAAUGAGACAGCAUAAAAUUUAGCAAUAUUUUCCAUGUUCAUUUAGUAUGCCAGUUUUCACAUUUGUAAGACUUGCUCAUGUUAUAGAUUGUAUCACACAUAAACACUCAGAAUGUCUUAAAACCCAGUCCAUGUACACAUCAAUAAACCACAUUGUUAUUGUGAUAGUAA